CCAUCACGCAAACAAUGUUUUUUUGGCGCAAGUCCCUGUGUUCUUGUUUAGUUUUCAACCGCUUCUUCGUAUAAAAAGGGGAAAAUGACUGCCAAGAGCUUUAGUCACUUUACCGACUCAUCAGGGCAGGAGGAGAUUUCAGUUUGACUCCAUAACCAACCACCACCAUGUGUGACGAGGAAGAAGCAACGGCGCUCGUCUGCGACAAUGGCUCCGGUCUUGUCAAGGCUGGCUUUGCCGGUGAUGACGCUCCCCGAGCUGUCUUCCCCUCCAUUGUUGGCCGCGCCCGUCACCAGGGUGUGAUGGUCGGUAUGGGUCAGAAGGACGCCUACGUCGGCGAUGAAGCUCAGAGCAAGAGAGGUAUCCUCACCCUCAAGUACCCCAUCGAGCAUGGUAUCAUCACUAACUGGGACGACAUGGAGAAGGUCUGGUACCACACUUUCUACAAUGAGCUCCGUGUUGCCCCUGAGGAGUGCCCCACCAUGCUUACUGAGGCUCCCCUUAACCCCAAGGCCAACCGUGAGAAGAUGACUCAGAUCAUGUUCGAGUCCUUCAACAUGCCCGCCAUGUACGUCUGCAUCCAGGCUGUCCUUUCCCUCUACGCCUCUGGCCGUACCACUGGUCAGGUUUGUGACUCUGGUGAUGGUGUCUCUCACAUGGUGCCUGUCUAUGAAGGUUUUGCCCUUCCCCAUGCCAUCCUCCGUCUGGACUUGGCUGGUCGUGACAUCACCAACUACUUGAUGAAAAUCAUGACUGAGCGUGGCUACUCCUUCACCACCACUGCUGAGCGUGAGAUCGUCCGAGACAUCAAGGAGAAGCUCUGCUACAUUGCCCUGGACUUUGAUGGUGAGAUGAACACUGCUGCUGCUUCCUCUUCUAUUGACAAGUCCUAUGAACUUCCUGAUGGACAAGUCAUCACCAUCGGUAAUGAGCGUUUCCGAGCUCCUGAAUCUCUCUUCCAACCCUCUUUCUUGGGCAUGGAAUCUUCUGGAGUUCAUGAAGUUGUUCAUACCUCCAUCAUGAAGUGCGACAUUGACAUCAGGAAGGAUUUGCUGGCCAACAUUGUCAUGUCUGGUGGUACCACAAUGUAUGCUGGAAUUGCUGACAGGAUGCAGAAGGAGAUUACAGCUCUCGCUCCAUCCACAGUCAAAGUGAAGAUCAUAGCUCCUCCUGAAAGGAAAUAUUCUGUCUGGAUUGGUGGGUCCAUUCUCGGUUCUCUCUCCACCUUCCAGGCUAUGUGGAUUACGAAAGAGGAAUAUGAAGAAUCUGGUCCUGGAAUUGUUCAUCGAAAAUGCUUCUAACAUUGUUUGAUUUGUUGUAUUUUUAUAUUGUAUAUUUUCAAAAUUUCUUGUAGUAGCUUUGGACUUGUUCAGUUCAAUUCAAAUAAAGAUUUCUCUUUUAUUGUCAGUAAACGAUUACGCAGUAAUGGAUUACGAAUAUUGUAAAUGUUAUUUUCAGUAAAUACUGACUACUUUUCCCAGCAUUAUAAUAGAUGUAAACCACUCCACUCUCCAAAUAGUAAUAUUACGCCAUGCUUUCGUUACUAUCCUAUACUUCAAAAUUCAUGUCUUCAAGGUUUCAUAAAAAUUGUAAAACACAAACAUACGAGAAAACAUUUAACAUCCCAUAAAUGUCCACGCUUUUACUUAAAAUAUAUCUAAAACCCUCAC